GCAAGACAAAAGAUAAUUUUCACUGCAACAAAGAAUUCGCCAUGUAUUUUACAAGGCCUGUUUUAUUCUCUGUGUUAACUAAUCUUUACCUAAAUUCACUAUAUGUGGCUAGCCAUGAAGAUAUGGUCAAGCUUUCUGGUGGGAUAUUCCGUAUGGGAACAAACUCGGGGGAUGGCAAAGAUGGCGAAAAUCCCGCCAGAGAUGUGAGAGUGAAGGCUUUCGCUAUCGAUAGAUAUCCAAUAACUAACGAACUAUUCCGAGCAUUUGUGAGAUCUAAGAAGUUCAAGACUGAGGCUGAAAAGUUUGGAUGGAGUUUUGCAUUUCAUACUUUCGUGCCUGAGAAUGUCCGCUCUAAAGUGACUCAGUCAGUUCAGGGUGCUCCUUGGUGGAUUCCAGUCAACAAAGCAUACUGGAGACAGCCAGGAGGUCCUGGGACAACAAUCAAAGACAAGUUGAACUAUCCUGUUGUGCACAUAAGUUAUAACGAUGCCACUGCCUACUGCAAUUGGGCAGGGAAACGUCUUGCCACUGAGGCAGAGUGGGAGUUUGCUGCCAGAGGGGGACUGCAAGGGCAAGUAUAUCCCUGGGGGAAAAAGUUUGAAGAGAAAAGGAUGAAUAUAUGGCAGGGUGAUUUCCCUGGCGAGAACACUAAGCUAGAUGGAUAUGACUGGUUGGCUCCAGUCAAUGCUUAUCCACCACAGAAUAGCUAUGGAAUGUACGACAUGAUAGGCAAUGCAUGGGAAUGGGUGGGGGAUGAAUUCAAAUCCCCAGAGGGUAGAGGAGAGAAAAAAUUUGUCCUCCGAGGAGGAUCAUACAUUGAUUCAAGAGAUGGAAAGUUUAAUCACAAGGCACGCGUGACAACAAGAAUGGGGAAUACAGCCGAUGCAGGUUCAGAUAAUAUCUCAUUCAGAUGCGCUCGGAGUUUAUCUAAAGAUGAACUUUAGUUACGGGAAUAUAGCUCUGGAUUCUAGCGAAAUUUAUGAUAGAUAUUUUGCAAUAAAAAAAAGCAUUUGUAUUUUUGCAGCAAUUCAAAAUCCACAAAUUCAUUUGGCGGACGGAAACUAUGGAUAGCUUCGGAAGUAUUUUAUAAAUCACUUAAGAAUUUGAUAUAGAUAUCAAAUAAAAAGGAACAAAAUCAAACCAUA